AUGGUGUCACCAACUCAUUUCGAAGAUCUUUCAAACGAACUUUUACUCGAUAUUUUCGAUUAUCUUGAUGGUUAUCAUAUGUUAGAAGCUUUUUCUAAUCUUAAUAAUCGUUUCCAACAUCUCAUCAAUAGUUCUUAUUUCCUUCUCAAAUUGAAUAUUUCAUUUAUGUCACAAACUAGUUUUAACAAACGUUCGAGCAAUAUUAUUCGUCCAUAUAUUAAUCAAAUUAUAUCAUUACAAUUAUCAAAACCAUUUUUCAUGAAAAAUUUCUUUACAUCAUUUCCUAUUGAUACAUCAUUUAAUCGUCUCGAAUCACUCGUACUUAAUGAUUUUAAUGUAAAUGAUAACCUUUCUAUUCUUAUUAGUUUAAGACAAUUACCUCGACUAUUUUCCCUCAAUAUCUUUGGUUGGAAUUGUAGGGAAUCAUGUAUUAUUUUUCAAUCAAUAUGUCGCUUACCUGUUUUAAAAUAUGCUACACUUUCGUUUUUAAAGUGGGAUUCUAUACAUUCAUUUCCACCGGCUACGAACAAUGAUCAACGAAGUAUGACUCUUGAAUAUCUUGCCUCUAAUAUUUCACAUGACCUUGCAAGUAUAUACAGUGUUCUAUCAUAUACACCUCAACUUCGUCAUUUAUCAGUUGAACGUAUACCGGAUGAUAGGUAUAUACCUAUAGAACAAUCCAUAUUGCCAUGCAAUCUAACUAGUAUUUCAAUACGUUAUUGGCUUUUACCAUUUAAUGCUUUUGCAUCAUUCAUUGCAAUCGUUGGUUUUAAACUCGAAUUAUUACGAGUUUCAACUUUUCAUCGAACUACCUUAUUAGAUGCUUAUCAAUGGCAACAACUAAUUUUACAUCGUAUGCCACAUUUGCGUACGUUUCUUUUUUAUUAUCAUGGUCCGUUAAUGGAAGAUAUUGAUGGAAGUAAUCAGUGUCGAGCAUUACUUGAUCAAUUUUCUUCUCGAUUUUGGAUCGAACGACGAUGGUUUUUCACACAUAGGCAUUGCAAUUGUUACUCUUCAUACGGACCACCUUAUUUAUCAUUCUAUUCAACUCAAAUACGCUGGCUAGAGUUUUGUGAAACUGAUGAUUAUUUAAAUAAUAAUAUAUGCUCAUACCAAGAUCCAAUCUUCAAUUUAUCUAUCGGACCGCGAAUGGCGAUCCAAAAUCGAAAUGUUGUUGCCGAUUUUCCAUUUCAAUUUCCUCGUGUAACUGAAUUAAGGCUUACAGAUAAUGACACGAUCAAUAUUAACUCAUUCAUUGAUAAUCUAAGUCAUAUUAUAAUUUUAACAAAUAUUACUUAUUUAAAUAUUUCAAUUAAUAAUCAAUGGUUGAAUUGUUUUAUUAAAUUACUUAAUCAUAUGCCGAAUGUUCAAAAAUUGGUACUUGACCUACAAUCAUCAUCUGAGACAGAAGUAUGGUCAAAUCAACUAACUGAUACAGUUGAUUUGGAAUGCAAUAAUAAUGUGAAGAAUGUACAAAUUAUUGAUAUAUUUUCAUUUGUCACCGUUCAAUUGAUCAAUAAACUUUUUCCUCGAAUGGAAUGUCUACAGAUUGUGAACGUGAUCACUGGUAAUGAUAUAAUAGUUGAACCAUUGAAAACAAUGAUUGAUAAUGAAAAAUUACUUGAUAAUUAUGAUAUCGAAUAUCGACACUUUAAAUUGUGCUUAUCGUGGUAA